AUGAGUUUCAUGAAGAGACAGAUUGUGUGCCGUCAAUCCAAUGCUGCUUUUGGUGUUGGUAUUCGGAAGCUUGCAUUAUCGGCUGCUGACCUGACGAGUGACUCGGAAGGCCAAGACUGGAUCAUCCAAGACAAGGACCUUCUCCGCAAGAGCCUGACCGAGUCGGGGACAGGGCUCCAUGUUCUUGAUUUGGUUAAUCGCGCUUCUCUGGAAGCUGACCGGACCCUGUACAGUAAGUUGCUCAACAAAUGUAGCCAGACGGGCCAACUUAAACAGGCCACCAUUGUCCAUGCUCACAUGCUCACUUCCCAAUUCAACAACGACCUUCCCAUCCUCAACACCCUUCUCAACACCUACGUCAAGUGCGGCAGCUUGGACCACGCCCACCACCUGUUCGAUGAAAUGCCUCACCGGGAUUUGGUCACCUGGACAUCCUUGAUCUCUGGCUAUUCUCAACUCGAUCGACCUCGGGAAUCACUUGUUCUCUUUCCUCACAUGCUUCGCCACGGUCUGGUGCCCAACCAGUUCACUCUGUCUAGCUUGUUGAAGGCUGCUGGUGCUGGGCCUGAUCCUGAUGAUAGGCACGGCAGGCAGCUCCAUGCCUAUUGCUUCAAGUGCGGUUUUGAUUCCAAUGUCUAUGUGGGCACUUCUCUUGUUGACAUGUAUGCUAGGUGUGGCCUUAUGGACGACUCCCAGAUCAUCUUUGACGCCCUCCGCACCAAGAAUGAGGUGUCUUGGAAUGCUCUGAUCGCCGGGCAUGCUCGCAAGGGUCAAGGAGAGCAUGCUCUGAGGUUGUUCUGGAAUAUGCUCCGGGGUGGAUUCAAACCCACUCAUUUCACUUAUUCUAGUGUGUUUACUGUUUGUGCCAGUGCAGGGUCUAUGGAGCAAGGUAAGUGGGUUCACUCCCAUAUGAUCAAAUCGGGUGUUAACCUUGUUGCUUUUGUUGGGAAUACUCUUCUUGACAUGUAUGCCAAGUCAGGCAGCAUCGAGGAUGCUAGAAAGGUAUUUGACCGGUUGGUUAAGCGUGACGUUGUUUCUUGGAAUUCCAUGCUUACUGGUUACGCCCAGCAUGGGCUUGGGACGGAAACUGUGCAGCUGUUUGAAGAAAUGCUUAGGAUUGGAGUUCAACCUAAUGAUAUAUCAUUCCUCUGUGUUCUUACUGCAUGUAGCCAUUCUCACCUUUUGGAUGAAGGGCAGUACUAUUUUCACUUGAUGAGGAAAAAGUUCAAAAUAGAACCACAAGUUUUCCAUUAUGUUACAAUGGUUGAUCUUCUUGGCCGAGCAGGUCUUCUUGAUAGAGCUGACAAGUUCAUAAGAGAAAUGCCCACUGAACCCACUGCAGCUGUCUGGGGAGCCUUGCUAGGUGCUUGUAGAAUGCACAACAACAUCGACCUGGGUGCCUAUGCUGCUAAGUGGGCUUUUGAGCUUGAUCCUUCUGAUUCAGGACCCUAUAUUAUACUCGCUAAUAUGUACGCAUCUGCUGGAAGAUUGAAUGAUGCUGCAAAAGUCAGAAAGAUGAUGAAAGAGGGUGGGGUGAAAAAGGAACCUGCCUGUAGUUGGGUGGAGAUUGAGAAUGCAGUCCACAUGUUUGUGGCCAACGAUGAUGCACACCCACAAAGAGCAGAGAUAUAUAGGAGGUGGGAGAUGAUUAGCAAGAAGAUAAAGGAGAUUGGAUACGUUCCGGACACUAGCCAUGUACUCUUCUUUGUCGACCAGCAGGAGAGGGAAUUCAAGUUGCAGUUUCACAGUGAGAAGAUUGCACUCGCAUUUGCGCUUCUUAACACUCCUCCUGGAUCCACCAUCCGGAUCAAGAAGAACAUCAGGGUUUGUGGUGAUUGUCAUUCAGCAAUCAAAUACGUCUCAAAGGUGGAAAGGCGAGAAAUCAUUGUGAGAGACACCAAUCGGUUCCAUCAUUUUCGUGAUGGCUCUUGUUCUUGUGGGGACUACUGGUAGUGUUAGUUUAUGCACAGUUGCAACCUAUAGUUUACAUUCUUGUGUUCUGCCACAGGACGAUUUUCUUUUUUGAUACAAAGAGGGACUCAAGGCUUCUGCAUACAUCAUGAAUCAGUAGAUGGUUAUUUGUUCUUACUGGAAGCAACUUCACAUACAAAGUAAUGGCAUAUUAUUGCCAGCAAUGGAUCUGAUGUGCUAUGCGAUGGAAUGAGGGGAAAUGUCUGUCGAAAUGCUUUAAAUUAUGAACAUCGAGAACAGGCCAUAAGACGACACAAAAGCUCAAAUGCAACUUCUUCUCUCAUAUUUAAGAUCAUUGUUUAUCUGGCCCAUAAAGUGUCAGCCAACGGUGAGCUGCUAGCCAAGGAAGAGCCUUCAUAAAGAUGAGGAGGUAUCAUAUCUUAUGUUAAAUUGUUAGUUUGUUGACUGACCACAUUUUCUCGUCUCGUGAAUAUAAUUGAGGCAUGCACAUUUAUAUAUAUCUUGAAUACAGUGUGAGGACAUGAUGAGGCUGAUUAUAUUACUUCUUGAACACAAUAGAUGAUAUAUAUACUUGUUAUUUGUAAAUCAUACAGGUCGGGCAUAUAAAGGAGAGAGCAAAGAAACUUUAGGCUUCAUGUAAAACGGUUACUAAAGUUUAUGCAAAAUAUAUACCAUGACAGUGUUAUCCAACAUUGUGCUGCGUAUUUCUCCCAUAUCCAAGAAUCUUAACAUGUAUGAAUGCAAUGAAUGGAGCUUCUGGCAUGUUUUAAUUGAAGG